CAAUAAAAAUCCUAGCCAAGCUUUUCUCUCUGUUCUCUGUUCUCUCUUCACCCUACCGUUCCCACGUUCACCACCUGACCAAGCCGCCACCGGCACUCUCGGGAAUAUCAUUCUCAUCCCCGUGAUUCUCAUUCCAAUUCGCUGAAAAGCAUGUCCGCAAAAUGGCGUGCUCUACAGCACCGCCACCGCUACACUUACAACGCCGCCGUUUUCCCCAGCUCGUACACCGAGUCCUUAGCCCUCAAACUCCAAUCAACCUCUUCAAAAUUCUACGAGGAGUUGAAACAACUAGUCUCUCUCAAUUCCAUUUACGCCCAAGUGAACCACGCGAAGAGAGUCGCAGCCUCAUUCAGCGACUUAUUGUCCAACGCCGAAGACGACGCUUCGGUCUCCGAGGCCGCGCGCUUCUACUUGGAGGUGUUGUUCCUCGAGAACUCUCUGCCACUGCACCGAACCCUAGUCUCUGCCUUGUCCAAGACGCGCCACCACCACGCUCUCAUUGGCGCCUGCCUCCACUCGCUCUGCGACGAGUACGGCGGAGGUAAGCGGACGCGCUUCUGCGCGUCGCGGGUGGCGUUGUCCGUCCUGGGAAUGCCCAAGUUGGGGUAUUUGGCGAGCGUCGUUGAGGAGUGCGCUAUUUUGGUGGCUCGAGACGCCGUUUCUAGCCUGGACGGCGUCGUUUCGGAGACGGAGGACUGGGCUCGGCCGUCCCCGAUCGUCAUGGAACAGUGCCAGGAGGCUCUCUCGUGCUUGUACUACCUGUUCCAACGGUUCCCGUCAAAGUUUACGGACUGUCACAGCGCCGUGAACGUUCUGGGAACCGCCGUGACGGUCAUUUUGAACGUCCUAAACUCAACGGCGUUCUCGAGGGACUGUUUGGUGGCGGCGGGGGUGAGCUUUUGCGCGGCAUUGCAAGCGCGUUUAAACGCUCAAGAGCUUGGCUUGUUCAUCAUUGAAGGUAUAUUCUAUCAAACUACUUGUGGUUUGAUUGAGCUUAGGGAUGUGAUUGCAAAGGUUCCUUACAAGGGAGAUUUAUAUAGUGAAGUACGAAACUUUUCGGUUUUGAGUAGGCUUUGCUUGAUUAGAGGGAUUCUUACUGCGGUUUCACGAAAUGUGCUUAAUACCCAGUUUGAUGUAUUGGGGGAUGGUUUGAAUGGCAAUGAGGGUGGUGACUCUGGUGCGAGUGGUGGUAAUUCUGUUAAGACUAUACUGUAUGAUGGGAUUUUGCCUGAGCUCUGUAACUAUUGUGAGAACCCAAGUGAUAGCCAUUUUAAUUUUCAUGCGUUAACCGUGUUGCAGAUUUGUUUGCAACAGAUAAAAACCUCGAUGUUAGCGAAUAUUACUAACCUGUCGGGAGGUUAUGAUUUGAUUCCGGAGGAAAUGGGAGCUCGGGUGUUGAAAAUUAUAUGGAAUAACUUAGAAGAUCCCUUGAGUCAAACGGUGAAACAGGUUCAUCUCAUUUUUGAUCUCUUUUUAGACGUUCAAUCUUCCCUUCGAUGGUCGGAGGGUAGUGAAAGAAUGAAGUCGUUCUUGCGACAGAUUGCUUCGGAUCUUCUCCGCAUGGGGCCACGUUGUAAGGGGAGAUACGUUCCUCUAGCUUCGCUGACCAAGAGGCUGGGGGCAAAGACUAUGUUAGAUAUGAAUCCUGACCUGAUGUUUGAAUCGAUACAGGCGUACAUUGACGAUGAUGUGUGCUGCGCUGCCACGUCAUUUUUGAAGUGUUUCCUAGAGUACUUGCGUGAUGAGUGCUGGAGCAGUGAGGGUAUUGAAAAUGGGUAUGCAGCUUUUAGAGGGCAUUGUUUGCCCCCCUUUAUGUAUGGGCUUGCUUCUGGAGUUUCAAAGCUUCGCUCAAAUUUGAAUACUUAUGCUCUGCCAGUCUUUCUUGAAGUAGACGUGGAUAGUAUAUUUUCUAUGCUUGCUUUUAUCUCUGUUGGACCAAAUGGGCGUGAGAAUGGACAGCUAUAUCCUGAGUUUGGUCCUGAGAACAUGGAACUUAAAGUUGAACAGCAAGUGGCCAUUUUAGUGUCAUUGCUCAAGGUAUCUCGUUUACUGGCUUUGAUUGACGGGGACAUUGAUUAUUCCAAAAACAAUGUGGUUCACCAGAAAGAGGGUGGGCUAGAGACAGAUUGCCUUACCCAUCACGCUCUUGUCUGCAUAAAGGGAAUGGAGAUUGAAGUCCCUGUUGAGUGGCUUGUACUGGCAUUGACCCAUGUUGAUGAGUCACUUCGUGUAGAUGCUGCUGAGACUCUUUUCUUAAACCCGAAGACAUCUAGCCUGCCUUCGCAUUUAGAGCUCACUUUGAUGAAGGAAGCAGUGCCAUUAAACAUGAGAUGUUGCUCGACUUCUUUUCAGAUGAAGUGGACCAGCUUAUUCAGAAAGUUCUUUUCUCGGGUUCGGACAGCCUUGGAGAGACAAUUCAAGCAGAGGAGCUGGCAACCACUUGGGUAUCGCGAUAAUAAUGAAGCACAUCUUUCCAAUGGAAGCAAGGAAACAGUAGUUAACAGAGCAGAUGAUCUUUUUCAUUUUAUGAGGUGGUUUAGUUCUUUUGUAUUUUUCUCAUGCUAUCCGUCUGCUCCGUACAAGAGAAAAAUAAUGGCCAUGGAACUCAUUCUGAUAAUGCUCAAUGUUUGGUCUAUUGUGCCUUCUUUCCAGGAAGACUGUAGAUCUCUUUCUCCUGAAAGCUGUCUUAAUCCGUACAAUAAAGGAAUUCUAUUACCUGAUUCAACUUUGUUGUUAGUCGGGUCGAUAAUAGAUAGUUGGGACAGGCUGAGAGAGAGUUCUUUUCGUAUAUUGCUACAUUUUCCUACUCCACUCCCUGGAAUUUCAAGUGAAGACAUGGUCCAGAAAGUAAUUGCUUGGGCUAAGAAAUUAGUUUGCAGUCCACGUGUGAGAGAAAGUGAUGCUGGAGCUCUGACCUUACGCCUUAUAUUUAGAAAGUAUGUAUUGGAGCUAGGGUGGAUCGUCAAAGCUUCAGUUAAUAUUGUCUGUUUUCGUCCGCUGCCUGGAUUAGUAAAUGGGAAUUAUCAGUCUGGUAAACCCAGGCAUCCUGUCAUAGAAUAUAUGGAAUCACUUGUAGAUUGGUUAAAUGUUGCUGUGGAGGAUGGGGAGAGGGAUCUUUCUGAAGCAUGCAAGAACAGCUUUGUUCAUGGUGUAUUACUUGCUCUACGGUAUACUUUCGAGGAAUUGGAUUGGAAUUCUGAUGUAGUCUUGGCCAGCAUCUUAGAGAUGAGACAUUUAUUAGAGAAGCUCUUGGAGCUCAUUUUGCGAAUAACUUCUUUAGCGCUUUGUGUGGUUUCUGCCGAUGCUUGGUAUCUGCCAGAGGACAUGGAUGAGAUGGUUGACGAUGAUAAUUUCUUGUCUGAGGCUUCAGAUGAGGUGAGUGUGCUGACACAUUCUUCAGUCCAUGAAGACACAAAGUCAAAAAAUAUCCAGGAUGUUAGACCGGAACAGAUAGUUAUGGUUGGUUGCUGGCUCGCUAUGAAAGAGGUGAGUCUUCUUUUGGGAACCAUCAUAAGAAAGAUUCCUUUACCAAGUAGCAGUAAUUUAGAUCCAUUAGUGUCUGGGGUUGCCUUUUCUGAUGCUGCCGAUUCUUCGGUGAUGACAAUAUCUGAUGCGAUGCUUGAUGUGAAACAACUUGAAACAAUUGGGAGCCACUUCCUAGAAGUCCUUCUGAAGAUGAAGCAUAAUGGUGCAAUUGAUAAGACGAGGGCUGGAUUCACAGCUCUUUGCAACCGUCUACUUUGUUCAAAUGAUCCGAGACUCUGUAAGUUGACAGAAUCCUGGAUGGAGCAACUUAUGGAAAGAACUGUGGCCAAGGGACAAAUAGUGGAUGAUUUAUUAAGGAGAAGUGCAGGCAUUCCUGCUGCAUUUACAGCUCUGUUUCUCUCGGAGCCAGAAGGUGCACCAAAGAAGCUCCUCCCAUGGGCACUACGGUGGCUAAUAGAUGUAGCUAAUGGGUCUAUGCUGAACCAAAUGGAAACCAGUGGCACAAAAGGUGGCUCAUGCAAAAUUUUGUCAACAAAAUCAAACCAAGAAACCAAAUAUACAUUGCAACCUCAAAUAAAUGAGAGCGAAAACACCUCAAAGAUCCGCGAUGAGGGUGUCAUUCCUACAGUACACUCAUUCAAUAUCCUUAAAGCUGCUUUCAAUGACACCAACCUGGCUACUGAUGUAUCAGGCUUCUCUGCUGAGGCUUUGAUUGUUUCUAUUCGUUCUUUCUCUUCGCCAUAUUGGGAGGUACGAAACAGUGCUUGUCUGGCAUACACUGCUUUGGUACGUCGCAUGAUUGGAUUCCUUAAUGUUCAAAAACGAGAAUCAGCAAGACGUGCAUUAACUGGGCUUGAAUUUUUUCAUAGGUAUCCCUCAUUGCAUCCAUUUGUUUUCAAUGAACUAAAAGUUGCAACUGAGUUGCUUGGUGAUAUGCCCUCUGGAAAUUCAGAAUCUGACCUGGCAAAUGUUGUGCACCCAAGCUUGUGCCCUUUACUCAUAUUUUUGUCCAGGCUCAAGCCUUCAACAAUUGCAAGCGAAACUGGAGAUGACCUUGACCCUUUCAUGUUCAUGCCAUUCAUCAGGAGGUGUGCAACCCAAAGCAAUCUACGAGUCCGUGUUCUUGCAUCUAGAGCUUUAACUGGUCUUGUAUCUAAUGAAAAAUUGCCAAUUGUCCUUCUCAAUAUGGCCUCUGAGUUGCCUUGUGUGGAAAACCAACACACGGCAUCCUCUGUUUCAUUGCAUGUGACCCAAGGUUCUCUCCAUUUUUCUUUAAACUCAGCACAUGGACUACUAUUGCAGUUAAGUUCUCUUCUAGAUAUGAACUGUAGAGAUCUUGCUGAUUUCUCAAAGAAAGAUCAGAUUCUUGGUGAGUUGAUCCAAGUUCUUGUGAUGCGUUCAUGGAUUGCAAGCCCCAGAAUGUGCCCUUGCCCCAUUCUCAAUGCCUCUUUCUUGAGGGUUUUGGAUCACAUGCUUAGUAUUGCCCGAACAUGCAGUAUGAGCAAAAAUUUCUAUGCCAUUAGGAACCUAUUAUUAGAGUCAUCUAGAGAAUGCUUGGAUGUUGAAGCUUCUUAUGGGCUGUCGUAUUAUGAUCCCACCAUAGCGGAGCUUCGUGAACAUGCAGCUUUUUCAUAUUUUAGUUGUGUUUUUAAAGCAUCUAAGGAAGUGUCUGAAGAGUUUCUUCAGAUACCGCAAAGAUGUCCUCCACUUGAUUCAAAAUUGUUGAAGUUACCUGAAGUAGAGAAUGCUUUUGCUGGACUCGAGGAACGGCUGAUAUGCUCCUUGUCAGAUACAUCAUAUGAAGUUCGACUUGCAACAUUGAAGUGGCUGCUUAAGUUCCUGAAAGCAACAAAAUCAGGUUGUGAGGUCCAUGAUCUGUCUAGCAGUGAGAUUAGGCUAAUUCAGAACUGGGCCAAAACCAACCUCCAGGCAACAAUGAUGAAGCUCUUAGAUUUGGAAAAGAAUAAUAGAUGCACAUAUUACAUUCUCAGGAUUCUUUUUGCUUGGAACUUGCUUCAGUUUCAGAAACUUAGUGAUGAAAAAUGCACUCAAACAUUUUACAUUGGUGGGAUGGAAUGUGAUUCUUUGUUUCAGUUUUGGGAUAAGCUAAUUUCCUUGUACAAACUAACAAGACAGUCAAAGACUCGAGAAACACUUAUCUGCUGCAUGGGACUAUGUGUAAAGCGGUUUGCCAGUUUAUUUCUAAGCAUUCUAGAGUUGAGGAAAUCCACUGACCAUUGCAAAUCCGAUCAAUUGGAAAGAUCAGCCUGCUUGUAUGAUUGCAUCAUCUUUUUCACUAGCCUAAUUAAGCAACAUAGUGCCUCUUCUGAGCCAGUAAACAUGCGCAAGGCUGCAGCAGAAUCUAUUAUAGCAUCUGGAUUAUUGGAACAAGCUGUGCUUAUUGGUUCUUCUGUGCUCAAUCACCAAAUCCCAGAUAAGGAUUUACGCUCUCAUUUUGAACCAAAUGAAGCUCUCAAUGAGUACGCUCUUCAAAUACUGGAUAUAUGGUUCACUUGUAUCCAGCUGCUGGAGGAUGAGGAUGACGGGAUCAGGCAGACGCUUGUUUUGGAUGUUCAGAAGUGUUUUUUAUUGGAAAGAUGUGGAAGAUGCUCUGAUGCUGGAAAGGUUCCAACCCAAGUGGAGAAAGUAAUAGGGUUGUGUUUUGACCAUCUGUCUUCUGUCUUUGGUCACUGGAUUGAGUACUUUGAUUACCUUUUGCAGUGGGUACUGAAUGCAACUAGUUAUGCAGUAUCUAAAGGAGAUCUUGUGAGACGGGUCUUUGACAAGGAAAUUGAUAAUCAUCACGAAGAUAAGCUUUUGAUCAGUCAAAUUUGCUGUUUUCAUUUAGAGAAGCUGCCAGUUUCAAAAUCCUGUGCAGUUAAUGUAUCAGACAAAGAGAGGUUCAGAAAGUGUUUGCACGACUGGAGGCACAGAUUUUGCCAUCAGUUGCUGUUGUUUGCUAAGGAAUAUGUUGAGAAACAGGGAGGAGUUGAUUGGAUCGGUGGUGUGGGCAACCACAAGGAUGCUUUCUUGCCGCUGUAUGCAAAUUUGCUUGCUUUUUAUACCCUCUCGAAGUGCAUUUUCAAUGGAAACACACAGGAUGCCAUCCCUCUGCUAUCUGAUGUUGUUGAACUUGGUAGAACUAUUAAUCCAUUUCUUAUGAACCCUUUGAUUCUUAACCUGUAUUUGUUAGUUGUUAAAUUACAUCAGAAAAAUGUUGGUACUACUGCUGACCACCUGAUCCCUGAGUUUAGAGAUGGCUGUAUCUGGGAUGGUUUUGAGCCUUAUUUUCUUAUUAGGUAAGAUCGAGUAUGUACAAUAGAUGCGAGUGUCAUAUUCGAGUCCUUAAAGGGGGAUGGGCCCUGGGAAUUUUUGAGAAAUGUACAAUUUCUGUACCAGAGUCUUCAACUUGCUUGUUUUUAAAAGCUGAAGUUAUAUGAAUACUGUAUGAGAUUAUGUUUUA